AUGGACCUUGGUCUUCCAGGGCAUCGAAGAGUCCACGUAAUUUCCGAUGGCUUGAAUGGCAUGUUCCAAAUCACGCCACUGCUUCAUCCCGAGCCAUUGCAGAGCAUUGUCCGACUCAAGAUUCUGUACAAUUCCGAGGACACGCUCAGACAGCGCCUGUCCGCCGUGUUCAACCGCAGUUUGGAUUGCGUCAUCGUUGAUAUCCCGGAGUGGACGCCCAAAAACCGAGAAAUGGUGACGGCCGCGUUGAGUUGGGAGGCGGGAUUCAAGCUGGAGGGCGUGCUCGCUGACCAGAAGCCGAUAGGUGGCGCGCGCAACCUUGGCGAGCUUCAAGUUCCACGAGCUCUGAUGCGACAAGUUCAGCUCAAACAGCUUUGCCAGGCCGGCCAUGGUGAAAACCCUUGGGGCGGAGUUCAGCGGUAA